AUGAAAAAAUUGAUAACAAGCGCACUGCCAUAUGUCAAUAACCAGCCUCAUCUUGGAAACAUUGUUGGCAGCGUCCUGAGCGGUGAUGUAUACAACAGGUACUGUAGGAUGAAGGGUGAGGAGUCUAUGUACAUCUGCGGAACAGAUGAAUAUGGAACAGCAAUUGAAAUGGAAGCAAUAGCACAAGGCACAACGCCGCAAGAGAUAUGCAAGAAAAAUAGAGAGAUCCACAAAAGUGUCUAUGAAUGGUUUGGAAUCAGGUUUGAUCAAUUUGGACAUACAUCGUCACCAAGUCACACAGAACUGGUACAACAGCUGUUUAUGAAGAUGUAUAACAAUGGAUAUUUCAAGGAAGAGGAGAUCGAGCAGUUUUACUGUGAGCAUUGCAAAUUAUUCCUUGCAGACAGAUAUGUCAUUGGAGAGUGCAAAUUCUGUGGAGAUUCUCAGGCACGGGGUGACCAAUGCGAUGCAUGUGGACACUCGUACAAGUCAACAGAUUUGCUCAUUCCGCAGUGCUCGAUUUGUAACAGUAAUCCUGUCAUCAGGAAAACCAAUCACCUGUUUUUUGAUCUUGCAAGGUUCAAGCCUCGACUUGAAGAGUUGUACAAGGCAAAAGGACAGCAGUGGAGCCAGAAUGCACAGAAUAUAUUCAAUCAAUGGAUGGCAAUAGAUCUAUACCCAAGAUGCAUGACAAGGGACCUGAAGUUCAAAUGGGGUGUUCCAGUACCAUUGGAAGCAUUCAAAGAAAAAGUUUUCUAUGUAUGGUUUGAUGCGCCAAUAGGAUAUCUUACUUUCCUGAAGGAUCUUGUUGGUGAUUGCUUUGAGGAUUGGUGCAGGGAAGCUGAGCUUGUGCAGUUUAUGGGAAAGGAUAAUGUGUGUUUUCACACAGUGAUCUUUCCGGCAAUGCUAAUUGCAACUGGAGACAAACUUCCGCUGGUCAGCAGGCUCUCUGCAACUGAGUAUCUACAGUUUGAAAACAAAAAGUUUUCGAAGAGCCGGAGACACGGGAUUUUCGGACUUGAUCUGGUGGAUGGCAAGCUUGGAAAGGUAUGCCUCUGGAGAUACUAUCUAAUGAAGAUACGCCCUGAGGGGACAAAGGAUGCAAAUUUUUCAUUCUAUGAUUUCCAGAAGUCUGUAUCUGGAGACCUGAUUAACAAUUUGGGUAAUUUUGUUAACAGGGUGUUGAAGUACAUCAAGCAGAAGUGCGCAGGACAAGUACGAAUUGAAACACUUGAUGAAAGGGAUACGAAGUGUGUGACUGUGGUUAACGAGCUCUUUGAAAGAUACAGGGAAAGGAUGGAUGAGAUAAAGCUGAGGGAUGGCUUGCAAAUGGUGUUUGAAGUCUCAAGGAUUGGUAAUGAGUACGUGCAAGAAGGGGUUGGUGAUGCUUCGAGAAGGAGUCAUUGUUUUUGCUUUGGAUUCAGUCUUGUGGUGCAUCUGGCCAAGAUGAUGCAUCCAUUUAUUCCUGAAAGUUCAAUGAGGAUGCUGAAGAUGUGUGAGAUUGAGUAUGUUGAACCUAAACUGGACAUGGAGAUGAAAGUGUUUUAUGAACACUCGAUAUGCGAUGAUAUUGAGCCAUUGUUUGAGAACUUUAGUCCUGAGCAGAUUGAGGAGAUGACGAAGUAUGGGUGA